AUGCAAGUGCCGGUUCUCGGCUGCACUUUCCUCACGCUGUCAGAUCGUGAGGAAAGUACUGCCGAGAACCGGCAGUUGUCAGAGCGGGGAUCGGCACCGAUCAUCAGGGCACUGAUGAUCAGUGCCCUGAUGAUCGGUGCCCAGCAGUGCCACCUGCAAGUUCCGCCCACCUGUGCCCAGCAAUCACCCACCUGUGCCCAGCAGUGCACCCACCUGUGCCACUCUGCAGUGUCACACACCUGUGCCCAGAAGUGCCACCUACCUGUGCCCAGCAGUGCCACCCACCUGUGUCCACCAGUGUCCACCAGUGCCACCCACCUGUGCCCACCCACCAGUGCCCGC